AUGGGUUUCGACAAGAAACAUGAGGCAACUUCCUCCUCCAACGCCCCCCCACGAUCGGUUCCUCGGGAAGACUCCCCUCUUCUCGGAAACUACGACGAUUCGUUGUCGUCGACGCCCAAGACCUUCGCUAACGUCUUCAUCGCGAUCGUGGGUGCCGGCGUUCUUGGUCUCCCUUAUACCUUCAUGCGCACCGGUUGGGUCACGGGAUUCGUGAUGAUCUUCGCCGUCUCCGGCCUCGCCUACCGUGGCAUGAUGCUCCUUAUCGUAACCCGACGAAAACUCGAAUCCCCUCUUACAUAUUCCAAAAUCAAUUCUUUCGGCGAUCUGGGGUUCGCCGUCUGUGGCCCAAUCGGUCGUCUCGCCGUCGAUGUAAUGAUUAUAGCAUCCCAAGCCGGUUUUUGCGUAGGAUACCUCAUCUUCAUCGGUAAUACCUUAGCCAAUCUAUUCCAUGCAACCCCAACCGAAUCACCCCAUUAUUUAAACACGAGCCCUUACAUUUGGGGAUUGAAAGCCAAAACGUUCUACAUCUGGAGUUGUUUCCCAUUCCAGUUAGGAUUAAACGCGAUUCCAACGUUAACCCUUUUAGCCCCCUUGAGUAUCUUCGCUGACAUCGUCGACGUUAGUGCAAUGGGUGUCGUAAUGGUGGAAGACGUCACCGUUUUCUUGAAAAACACCAUAAAUGUCCACGCAUUUGGUACCUUUCCCAUGUUCUGUUAUGGUCUCGGAGUCGCCCUCUUUUCCUUCGAAGGAAUCGGAAUGGCAUUACCACUGGAAUCAGAAGCCAGAGACAAGAAAAAGUUUGGAGCGGUGUUGGGAUGGGCGAUGAUGAUCAUUGCUGCCAUGUAUGGAUUCUUUGGGGUGUUGGGUUACUUUGCUUUUGGUGAGAACACAAGAGAUAUUAUUACUGCUAAUAUGGGUAAAGGUGUGCUUAGUUCUAUGGUACAAUUGGGACUCUGUAUAAAUCUGUUUUUCACAUUUCCGUUGAUGAUGAAUCCUGUUUAUGAGGUAAUGGAAAGAAGGUAUUGGGAAGGAAGGUAUUGUUUAUGGAUGAGAUGGGUGUUGGUUAUGGUGGUGAGUUUGGUGGCUCUUUUUGUUCCAAAUUUUACUGAUUUUUUAUCGCUUGUUGGGAGUAGUACUUGUUGCAUAUUGGGUUUGGUGUUGCCUUCUUUAUUUCAUUACAAUGCCUUCAAAAAUGAGUUGGGGAAGGAGGAACUUAUGUGGGAUUUGGUGAUGAUUGUUUUGGGUGUUAUUCUUGGUGUGUUGGGAACAUGGUUUUCUUUGGUUGAAAUUCUAUUUAAAGCAUGA